AUGUCGCCUUCUCCAGCUGGCAGCAGCGCGCAGCGUCAGGAAGGCAGGGCUGGACAGGCCUCAGCCGCCAGCCGCUCUGGCCCCUGCACACCGGCCCACGACGCCGCCGCCACCGGCCACCUCGCCUGCCUGCAGUGGCUGCUCUCCCAGGGCGGCUGCGGAGUGCAGGACACAGACAAUUCUGGUGCCACAGCCCUGCAUCUGGCCGCCCGCUUUGGCCACCCCGAGGUGGUGGACUGGCUGCUGCGUCACGGCGGUGGGGACCCCACCGUGGCCACGGACACGGGCGCCCUGCCCAUCCACUACGCCGCCGCCAAAGGAGACUUCCCCUCCCUGAGGCUUCUCAUCGGGCACUACCCAGACCAGCGGCCACCCAACCUGGAAUAUCUCCCCUGUGGGGAGCUGUCCAGGGCCCAGCAAGCAGAGGGCCCCCCAGCACCAGCUGGAGUCGGGGUGCUGGCACACUGGCCAAAGUCACGUAUUCCUUUGGGCAUGUACCAGCCUGCCGCAGGCCAUGCUGGAGCUCUGGCCUGGGCACCUUCGCACAACCCCUCUCGACGUGCUGGCCACGACUGGGACUCGGGCCAGGUGGCCGGGGCUGACGAGCUGCCAGCCCCACCCCAGAGCCUUGAGUCUCAGGAAGGCGAGGCGGACGCGUCCCCCGCUGCUCCCGGGGCGCGUGUCCUGGCCGAUAAGGACUCGCCUUUGGACUCCCAGUCACAGCCGCCGGAGACCUUGCUGCCCGGAGACCUGGGUGGCUCCCUGGAGGCGCCUCCUCCGCUGGGCUCCCGGCCCUGCCCUGAGGUUGAAGGUGCCCGGCCAGGCGACAGGACGCAGUUGACACAGCUCCUGCCGCUGCGUGCCCAUGGGGGCCUGCUUGCUUGCUGCCAGAUCCUGGUGGUGAACGGCGCCGAGCUGGGCCUGCGUGACCGGGACGGGUACACGGCCGCCGACCUCUCCGACUACAAUGGCCACAGCCACUGCACGCGCUACCUGCGCACCGUGGAGCACCUGAGCGUGGAGCACCGCGUGCUGUCCCGGGACCCAUCCGCGGAGCUGGAGGCCAGGCAGCCGGACUCGGGCAUGUCCUCGCCCAACACCACCACGUCCGUGCAGCCGCCCAACUUCGACCUCAGCUCGCCCACCAGCACCCUCUCCAACUACGACUCCUGCUCCUCCAGCCACUCGAGCAUCAAGGAGCGGCGCCCCCCGCGCGGGUUGGCCAGUGCAAGGGCCGCAGACAUGGAGAGUUACAUGGACAUGCUGAGCCCGGAGCUGGGCCUGCCCCAGGACAAGACGGAGAGGACCCCACUUCCGCCACCGCCCAGCUUCCCUCCGCCACCCCCACCCCCUGGCACCCAAGUGCCCCCACCCCCACCAGGCUAUCCAGCGCCCAGGCCCCCCGGGGGGCUGCCCGCAGCUGACAUCUACAUGCAGACCAAGAGCAAGCUCCGCCACGUGGAGACCGAGGCCUUCAGGAAGGAGAGGCCCCGCGACUGCAACGGGCUGCGGAGGCAGGACUCGGGCCGCAAGCCCCGCGCCUUCAACAAGCAGCCCAGCACGGGGGACUACUACCGCCAGCUGGGCCGCUGUCCCGGGGACCCGUGGGGGCGCGGCCUGAGCGCGCCCCCGCCCGCGCCGCCCCUGCCCCUCGAGGGCGCGGGCUCUGGCUGCGGGCAGCGGCGCUCCUCCUCGUCCACUGGCAAAGUGAGAGUCCUGAGGCACAGGAAGAGCACCAAGUCUUUCAACAUGAUGUCCCCGACCGGCGACAACUCCGAGCUCCUGGCUGAGAUCAAGGCGGGCAAGAGCCUCAAGCCCACGCCGCAGAGCAAGGGGCUGACCACGGUGUUCUCCGGCAGCGGGCAGCAGGCCUCCCAGCUGACGGCCGCCAGCUCCUGCUGCUACCCCCGCGAGGGCUGGAGGUACUCCCGCGAGCACAACGGCCUCCUCGGGCCCUUCGGGGAGCUCAUGACCGAGGCCGACAUCCUCCGCAUCGAGCAGCAAAUCGAGAACCUGCAGGUGCUGCACAAGGCGCAGAAGCUGGAGGCGCGCCUGGAGCAGCUGGAGCUGGAGCUGGAGCAGCUGCUGCCCGUCUCGGCCGCCCUGUCGGCGCCGCCGCGCUUCACGGUCGACCCGCGCCGCAUGCACGGCCGCGCGCCCAGCCUGCCCGCCUGGUGCAGCAAGAUCUCCACGCUGCUCAAGAGUAUGGCCACACUGCUGGCCGCCCUGGGCGGCCGGCCCCACUUCCUGCCGGCCCUCGACGGCGGCGCGCCCCCGAGCUACGACAGCCUCACGCUGGACCUCUUCAUGCUCGGCUACUUCCAGCUGCUCGAGAUGGGCCUGAGCCGCGAGGAGCGCAAGUUCCGCCACCUGCUGUGCUACGAGAUGUUCGACCGGCUGGGCAGCCACCCCUGGGAGCGCAUCCGCCUCUUCCACCGCAUGGUGCUGGAGGAGGUGGAGGCCGGCCGGCGCCGCUGGAGCGACGGCUUCGAGGACCUCAGGCGGCAGUUCUUCGGAGACAGCCCGGAAGAGGCGGAGGAGGCAACUGCAGAGGAGCCGGCCCAAGAGGCCGCCCAGGCUCCGAGGGAGGACUGGCCCGAGCCGCCGCGGGAGGCCUCCCCGCCCCCACGCACGCCCCCGCCUGCCGCCCCGCCCCCGGAGCCCGACCCUCCAGGGUCAGAAGCAGCCCCAGCAGCGGGGGGAGACCCCCCGGAGCUGGCGCUGGUGUCUGCCAUGGGCGAGUUCAGCAGCGAGAUGGUCUGCCGCUACAUCGACCGCAGCUUCUCCUUCUGGAAGGAGAAGGAGGAGGAGGAGGAGGAAGCCCGCCUGGCCAGCAUGCCUGCCUGGAGGCGGGACAUCCUGAGGAAGAAGCUCGAGGAGGAGAGGGAGCACAAGCGGAAAGAGGAAGAGAGGCAGAAGCAGGAGGAGCUGCAGCGGGAGAAGGAGCAGUCAGAGAAGCUGCGGACGCUGGGCUACGAUGAGACCAAGCUGGCGCCCUGGCAGCGACAGAUCAUCCUGAAGAAGGGCGACAUCGCGAAGUACUGACGCCGCCCCCCUGCCUGCAGCCGCGCGCGAG